GGUUGCAAAAUUAAGACCCAUAGAAUUUAUGCUAUUUUAGAUUCCAAAAUCAAUAUAUAUAGUGGAGCCAAAAUCGUUUGAAGGUGAAGCUGAUUCGUUUUUGAUAAGCAAUACUCUUUGAGUCAAAUAUGUUAACAAAAUUUAUUGUUGCUGCUAUUCUUCAAAUUUCUCUUGUGUUAUCAUUAGAGAUAAGUGAAAGUAAAAUUACAAGAGGCCUGAUUGAUCUUAGUAUUGGUGAUAUUAAUAUUCAUCCAGGUGUGUACUGGUCCAUUAUAGACAAUACUAUUUCAAUAUUCACAGGAAAGCUUUUCGUUGGUACUGGGAGUGGCCUUUAUAUAAGUAGUACUUCAGACUUAAUUGGAUUACAGGUAACGCUACUUUCCGGACUAGGAUCCAUUGUUAAUAACGGAAUAGUUUCAUUUAAUUCAGUUAAAUCAUUAACGACAUCUGAAUAUGAUAUUAGUGGUCUUUCAUUUACAAAUAAUGGGAAAUUCUAUAUGGGUAGUAAUGGUGCUAUCGGGCUCGCUACCACCUCCAUUUUGUGUCCAUCAUUUGAUAAUGAAGGAUUAAUGGUAUUUUAUCAAACCCAGAGAACUUCGGGUAAUGUACUUCUUGGAGUCGAUCUCACUUCUAUUACAAACAAUGGUCAGAUUUGCUUAUACAAUCAAGUUUAUAGACAGACCACCAAGAUUCAAGGUACAGGAUGUAUCACUGCCAGCAAUGAUUCAGCCAUAUAUCUUGCGAAUCCUCUGUUAGGUAUUUAUGACCAAACAUUUUAUUUAGAAGAUAGAAAAUCAAGUAUUCAGGUGGAUGCAACGACCGAGCAUUCCUACAAUAUAAGAGGAUUCGGUAAUGGGAAUAAAAUAGGCUUGACUGUUCCACUUGCUAUUUUAUUGGUACCAUUUUCCUAUGACGCUCAAGACGGUGUCUUAAGACUUAAUGGGGGAUUAACACCGCAGUACUUUCACAUUGGAACUGGGUAUGAUCCUAAGCUCUUCUCUGUAGAUGAAGAUCAUUCACAAGGCAUUUUUCCAACUGUCUUCGGUGCUGUAUCCUACUCAGGCCCAGUACCAAACCCUGGUUUGCCCGAUGAAUGCAUUCCUUGCGAAUCAUUGCCCGACUCACCAGACGAAGAAGGAGCUGUUGAAACUGAAUCAGGAAUUGUUGUAGUCACCACGGACGAGGACGGAGAAGUUAGCACCACCACUUCGUUGUUCCCACCUCCACCAUUCACUACGUAUACCACCACCGUAAGUACCACAGACGAAGAAGGAGCUGUUGAAACUGAAUCAGGAAUUGUUGUAGUCAGCACCGAUGAGAACGGAGAAGUUAGCACCACCACUUCGUUGUUCCCACCUCCACCAUUCACUACGUAUACCACCACCGUAAGUACCACAGACGAAGAAGGAGCUGUUGAAACUGAAUCAGGAAUUGUUGUAGUCACCACGGAGGAGGACGGAGAAGUUAGCACCACCACUUCGUUGUUCCCACCUCCACCAUUCACUACGUAUACCACCACCGUAAGUACCACAGACGAAGAAGGAGCUGUUGAAACUGAAUCAGGAAUUGUUGUAGUCAGCACCGAUGAGAACGGAGAAGUUAGCACCACCACUUCGUUGUUCCCACCUCCACCAUUCACUACGUAUACCACCACCGUAAGUACCACAGACGAAGAAGGAGCUGUUGAAACUGAAUCAGGAAUUGUUGUAGUCACCACGGACGAGGACGGAGAAGUUAGCACCACCACUUCGUUGUUCCCACCUCCACCAUUCACUACGUAUACCACCACCGUAAGUACCACAGACGAAGAAGGAGCUGUUGAAACUGAAUCAGGAAUUGUUGUAGUCAGCACCGAUGAGAACGGAGAAGUUAGCACCACCACUUCGUUGUUCCCACCUCCACCAUUCACUACGUAUACCACCACCGUAAGUACCACAGACGAAGAAGGAGCUGUUGAAACUGAAUCAGGAAUUGUUGUAGUCACCACGGAGGAGGACGGAGAAGUUAGCACCACCACUUCGUUGUUCCCACCUCCACCAUUCACUACGUAUACCACCACCGUAAGUACCACAGACGAAGAAGGAGCUGUUGAAACUGAAUCAGGAAUUGUUGUAGUCAGCACCGAUGAGAACGGAGAAGUUAGCACCACCACUUCGUUGUUCCCACCUCCACCAUUCACUACGUAUACCACCACCGUAAGUACCACAGACGAAGAAGGAGCUGUUGAAACUGAAUCAGGAAUUGUUGUAGUCAGCACCGAUGAGAACGGAGAAGUUAGCACCACCACUUCGUUGUUCCCACCUCCACCAUUCACUACGUAUACCACCACCGUAAGUACCACAGACGAAGAAGGAGCUGUUGAAACUGAAUCAGGAAUUGUUGUAGUCAGCACCGAUGAGAACGGAGAAGUUAGCACCACCACUUCGUUGUUCCCACCUCCACCAUUCACUACGUAUACCACCACCGUAAGUACCACAGACGAAGAAGGAGCUGUUGAAACUGAAUCAGGAAUUGUUGUAGUCACCACGGACGAGGACGGAGAAGUUAGCACCACCACUUCGUUGUUCCCACCUCCACCAUUCACUACGUAUACCACCACCGUAAGUACCACAGACGAAGAAGGAGCUGCUGAAACUGAAUCAGGAAUUGUUGUAGUCAGCACCGAUGAGAACGGAGAAGUUAGCACCACCACUUCGUUGUUCCCACCUCCACCAUUCACUACGUAUACCACCACCGUAACUACCACAGACGAAGAAGGAGCUGUUGAAACUGAAUCAGGAAUUGUUGUAGUCACCACGGAGGAGGACGGAGAAGUUAGCACCACCACUUCGUUGUUCCCACCUCCACCAUUCACUACGUAUACCACCACCGUAAGUACCACAGACGAAGAAGGAGCUGUUGAAACUGAAUCAGGAAUUGUUGUAGUCACCACGGACGAGGACGGAGAAGUUAGCACCACCACUUCGUUGUUCCCACCUCCACCAUUCACUACGUAUACCACCACCGUAACUACCACAGACGAAGAAGGAGCUGUUGAAACUGAAUCAGGAAUUGUUGUAGUCAGCACCGAUGAGAACGGAGAAGUUAGCACCACCACUUCGUUGUUCCCACCUCCACCAUUCACUACGUAUACCACCACCGUAAGUACCACAGACGAAGAAGGAGCUGUUGAAACUGAAUCAGGAAUUGUUGUAGUCACCACGGACGAGGACGGAGAAGUUAGCACCACCACUUCGUUGUUCCCACCUCCACCAUUCACUACGUAUACCACCACCGUAAGUACCACAGACGAAGAAGGAGCUGUUGAAACUGAAUCAGGAAUUGUUGUAGUCAGCACCGAUGAGAACGGAGAAGUUAGCACCACCACUUCGUUGUUCCCACCUCCACCAUUCACUACGUAUACCACCACCGUAAGUACCACAGACGAAGAAGGAGCUGUUGAAACUGAAUCAGGAAUUGUUGUAGUCACCACGGAGGAGGACGGAGAAGUUAGCACCACCACUUCGUUGUUCCCACCUCCACCAUUCACUACGUAUACCACCACCGUAACUACCACAGACGAAGAAGGAGCUGUUGAAACUGAAUCAGGAAUUGUUGUAGUCAGCACCGAUGAGAACGGAGAAGUUAGCACCACCACUUCGUUGUUCCCACCUCCACCAUUCACUACGUAUACCACCACCGUAAGUACCACAGACGAAGAAGGAGCUGUUGAAACUGAAUCAGGAAUUGUUGUAGUCACCACGGACGAGGACGGAGAAGUUAGCACCACCACUUCGUUGUUCCCACCUCCACCAUUCACUACGUAUACCACCACCGUAAGUACCACAGACGAAGAAGGAGCUGUUGAAACUGAAUCAGGAAUUGUUGUAGUCAGCACCGAUGAGAACGGAGAAGUUAGCACCACCACUUCGUUGUUCCCACCUCCACCAUUCACUACGUAUACCACCACCGUAAGUACCACAGACGAAGAAGGAGCUGUUGAAACUGAAUCAGGAAUUGUUGUAGUCACCACGGAGGAGGACGGAGAAGUUAGCACCACCACUUCGUUGUUCCCACCUCCACCAUUCACUACGUAUACCACCACCGUAAGUACCACAGACGAAGAAGGAGCUGUUGAAACUGAAUCAGGAAUUGUUGUAGUCAGCACCGAUGAGAACGGAGAAGUUAGCACCACCACUUCGUUGUUCCCACCUCCACCAUUCACUACGUAUACCACCACCGUAAGUACCACAGACGAAGAAGGAGCUGUUGAAACUGAAUCAGGAAUUGUUGUAGUCAGCACCGAUGAGAACGGAGAAGUUAGCACCACCACUUCGUUGUUCCCACCUCCACCAUUCACUACGUAUACCACCACCGUAAGUACCACAGACGAAGAAGGAGCUGUUGAAACUGAAUCAGGAAUUGUUGUUGUCACCACCGAUGAGAACGGAGAAGUUAGCACCACCACUUCGUUGUUCCCACCUCCACCAUUCACUACGUAUACCACCACCGUAACUACCACAGACGAAGAAGGAGCUGUUGAAACUGAAUCAGGAAUUGUUGUUGUCACCACCGAUGAGAACGGAGAAGUUAGCACCACCACUUCGUUGUUCCCACCUCCACCAUUCACUACGUAUACCACCACCGUAACUACCACAGACGAAGAAGGAGCUGUUGAAACUGAAUCAGGAAUUGUUGUAGUCACCACGGACGAGGACGGAGAAGUUAGCACCACCACUUCGUUGUUCCCACCUCCACCAUUCACUACGUAUACCACCACCGUAAGUACCACAGACGAAGAAGGAGCUGUUGAAACUGAAUCAGGAAUUGUUGUAGUCAGCACCGAUGAGAACGGAGAAGUUAGCACCACCACUUCGUUGUUCCCACCUCCACCAUUCACUACGUAUACCACCACCGUAAGUACCACAGACGAAGAAGGAGCUGUUGAAACUGAAUCAGGAAUUGUUGUAGUCAGCACCGAUGAGAACGGAGAAGUUAGCACCACCACUUCGUUGUUCCCACCUCCACCAUUCACUACGUAUACCACCACCGUAAGUACCACAGACGAAGAAGGAGCUGUUGAAACUGAAUCAGGAAUUGUUGUAGUCAGCACCGAUGAGAACGGAGAAGUUAGCACCACCACUUCGUUGUUCCCACCUCCACCAUUCACUACGUAUACCACCACCGUAAGUACCACAGACGAAGAAGGAGCUGUUGAAACUGAAUCAGGAAUUGUUGUUGUCACCACCGAUGAGAACGGAGAAGUUAGCACCACCACUUCGUUGUUCCCACCUCCACCAUUCACUACGUAUACCACCACCGUAAGUACCACAGACGAAGAAGGAGCUGUUGAAACUGAAUCAGGAAUUGUUGUAGUCACCACGGACGAGGACGGAGAAGUUAGCACCACCACUUCGUUGUUCCCACCUCCACCAUUCACUACGUAUACCACCACCGUAACUACCACAGACGAAGAAGGAGCUGUUGAAACUGAAUCAGGAAUUGUUGUAGUCAGCACCGAUGAGAACGGAGAAGUUAGCACCACCACUUCGUUGUUCCCACCUCCACCAUUCACUACGUAUACCACCACCGUAAGUACCACAGACGAAGAAGGAGCUGUUGAAACUGAAUCAGGAAUUGUUGUAGUCACCACGGAGGAGGACGGAGAAGUUAGCACCACCACUUCGUUGUUCCCACCUCCACCAUUCACUACGUAUACCACCACCGUAAGUACCACAGACGAAGAAGGAGCUGUUGAAACUGAAUCAGGAAUUGUUGUAGUCAGCACCGAUGAGAACGGAGAAGUUAGCACCACCACUUCGUUGUUCCCACCUCCACCAUUCACUACGUAUACCACCACCGUAAGUACCACAGACGAAGAAGGAGCUGUUGAAACUGAAUCAGGAAUUGUUGUUGUCACCAUUGACAAGAAUCCAGAUCUUGUUACCACAGCUAAUUUGCUGUUGACAAUGCCAGUAUUUGAAAGUCAUAGUACUGGUAGUGUGACUGAUGUUGAUGGAGCCAUAGAAUCAAACUUGGAUGUAGUUGUUGAUACGCGUUAUGAAAUAGAAGUAAGUAACACUACUACGUUGGUUAUUGUGAGUGAAACGGAUGACAGUGGAUUAGAAGAGACUGGAUCUGGUAUUUUUGAUGACAAUGAUAAUGAAAAAGAUGAUUUCACGACUACUUCGUUAUUGUUCUUAUAUGAUCCACUUAGUAUAAACAAUACUAAUGUGAGUACCAUCGAUGAUGACGAAGCAGUUGUAACAGUAUCGGCAGAUAGUUUUGUCACUGGGGGGCCUUCUAAUUGUAUUCUGACAAUGCUUACUGUUACUACUGAUAAUUCGGAGGUUCCUCUUGAAUGGAUUGAUAAUAGUAGAUAUGAUGGAACUCAUAACUCACCAUAUGAAACAUUAAUACUGUCUGGUAUAGAAAGCUCAUCAGUUGUUAGUACAGCUCCUUUGCAUUCAGUUGUUUCUAAUAUGUCAUAUUAUGCAAACAGUUCUUACAAGACCAAGCCACAAGUUUGGUAUUAUUUUAUGUUAUUAUUGACUUGGUGACCUAUAUGAUUUUAAAAUUAUCUUUAUAUCCUUUAUAUUCUUUUUAUAUAGUCCGUGUUAAGGUAUUUUCUACUUAUAUUUUUAAAUGUUUUGCGUACUUCUAAGCGUCUCGUAUGUAGAUUAUCCUACUUAGGUAUUAAAGUUUUAUUCUUCUAGCAAUUCUGCAUUUUGAUAUUAUUCAAUUACAAUAAAGUAUAUUUAAAAAUU